CCCAAUAGAGAAGUUAAAAUAUGGCUAAUAAUUUUUGUGUUCAUGUGUUUGCCUUGGCCUUGCUUGCCAGCUUUUGUAACUCGGUGCAUUCUUCAGCCCUCAAUGAACGCCACGUAGCACUAUUUGUGUUUGGAGACUCGUUAUUUGAUUCUGGCAACAAUAACUACAUUAAUACUACUAAUGAUUUCAGGGCUAAUUUUCGACCAUAUGGUGAAACAUCUUUCCCCUACCCUACUGGUAGGUUUUCAGAUGGUUUCCUCAUUCCUGAUUUUAUUGCCAAAUUUGCAAAGCUACCAUUAGUUCCGGCGUAUUUCCGGGUGAAGUAUGGACCAUUUAUUAAUGGAGUCAACUUUGCAUCAGCUGGCGCCGGUAAUCUUGCUGAAACCUUUUCCGGCAAGGUAAUUGAUCUUAAAGCGCAGUUGGGAUAUUUCAAGAAAGUUUCAGGACACUUGAAGCAAGAGUUGGGGACUGAGAGAAGAAAAGAAUUGCUCUCUAAUGCUGUUUACAUGUUUAGCAUUGGCAGUAAUGACUACACUAGCACUUUAGCAUCAAACUCCAGCCUUUUCAAUUCACAUACCAAGAAGGAAUACGUGGAUAUGGUGAUUGGCAACUUCACAACUGUUAUUGAGGAAAUAUACAAGGAAGGUGGAAGAAAAUUUGUGUUUUUUUCAGUGGGGCCUAUAGGAUGCAAACCAUCUACUAGGGCUCUCAAUAUUCUACAAACAAACAGCAGUGGUUGCCUGGGGAAUCUCCAAACCUUGGCCAACAUGCACAACGAGGCUCUACAAAAUAUGAUCACCAAUCUAAACAAGAAUUUACAAGGAUUCAAGUAUUCCUACUUCGAUUUCUUCGCAUUUGCCACAUACGUAUCUAAUAACCCAUCAAAAUAUGGUUUCAAAGAUACGAAAACAGCAUGCUGUGGGAGUGGUCCAUUUAGGGGAUUCCCGAGCUGUGGAGGAAAAGGGCAAAUAAAAGAGUACGAAUUAUGCUCCAACGUUGAAGACUAUCUGUUUUUCGACUACGCUCACGCCUCUGAGAAGACCAAUUGGAUUUCCGCUACAGAACUAUGGGAAGGAACCACUUAUGUUGCGCCUAACAAUGUCAAGCUCUUGUUUCAGCUCUAGUUAACGCUCAACUAUAUGCAAUAUAAACAUCUCAAAUUACUCUUCCAAUAAAUAUACCACUUUAAUUAGUGA